CUCUCACUCUCACUGUGUGUGUGCGCGCUUCAUCUUUCUUUUCGUUAAGAUAGCACUAUACGCCAGUUAGCCCUUACGGUUAAUUACGGUUCCAUGGUUUAGUUUAGUAUGGCCGGUCCCAAGCCUUUUUAGUGCAUACAUCAAAGUAAAUCUGCUGUUUGUCAGAGUUCGAGAUGGACAACAAUCAACAGUCCAAAGAAAGCACGGACCGGUCCGACCUGGUUUCUGAGGACGGCAAGAAUAGCAAGUCUGUCGUGUGUCAACGCUGCGGAUCCAAGGUGCUAUGCCCUGGGGUGGCUGUGUUUGCAGAGAAAGAGCUGUUCCUACCAUCCAUGCGGAAAAAGAGCGGCCUCAGCACCACAGAGGGCUCAGUGGACGGGGACACACUGACCGCCCACUGGUUUGUGGAUGACAUGUACACUUUUGAGAAUGUGGGCUUCACUAAGGACGUGGGGAGAAUCAAGUAUCUCAUCUGUGCAGAUUGUGAGAUUGGACCAAUCGGCUGGCACUGUUUGGAUGACAAGAAAAGUUACUAUGUGGCUGUGGAAAGGGUGAAUCAUGCAUAGUCCAAACGCAUAUGUGAGCUCACAUGAACUUAAAAAAAUGUGUUGGCAGGCUAUGCAUCUCUUAAUGGAUGUACUACCAUAGUUGACCCCAACCUAAUCCAUCACACACACUUACUUAUAAUGUUAUGUGUACAUUGUUUAUGAAAACAGGACUGUGUCACUCUCAUUCUCCUAUAUUACACUGACAACAGUAUGAUCAUCCUGUUCUAAUAAAGAUGUUUUUGGGAAGCUGAUGUUGAAUA